AUGAUUCGUGAAAUUCAAGCACAAAAAAUCGCUAAAGCCUUAGAGAAUGACGAACUUGAAACAGGGACGGGGUUGAAACAGGGACGGGGUUUGAAAAGGCCUGGAGACACUCGUUGGAGUUCUCACUACAAGACUCUUUUGAAUAUCAUGGACUUGUUUUCUGCAAUUUUUAACGUUCUAGUGAUAAUUGGGAAGAAGGGUUCUUCAGAUGAUAAGGCAAAAGCUCAAGGCGUUUUAUACUCAAUAGAGUCAUUUGAUUUUAAUUUUAUGGCACAGCUAAUGACCACUAUAUUUGGGUACACUAAUGAUUUGUGUCUUGCUUUACAAAGAAGGGAUCAAGAUAUUAUUAAUGCUAUGAGGCUCGUCACUUUAACCAAGGACCAGUUACAGAAAAUGAGGGAUGUCAGAUGGGAGAUUCAACUGAAUAAGGUAAUUGAUUUAUUACUUCAAGAACUUGAUAACCGAUUUGAUGAGGUCAAUAUGGAGUUGAUUAGGUGCAUGGCUUGCUUCAAUCCUAAAAAUAACUUCUCUUCUUUUGACAAGGAAAAGGUACUUAAACUUGCCACUUUUUAUCCUUCCGACUUUUCAAACUGUGAAUUGAUGGCUAUUGAGUGCCAACUUGAUAUAUUCAUCGAAGAUAUGAAAAAUGAUAGUGACUUUCAAAAUUUACAAGAUAUUGGUUCUCUUCUGAUGAAACUUGUUGAAACAAAGAGAGAUGUCGCUUAUCCUCAUGUGUUUUUGCUUAUAAAGUUGAUUUUGAUUCUUCCGGUUGCUACUGCAAGUGUAGAGAGAGUGUUUUCCGGAAUGACGUUUGUGAAGAAUAAGUUGCGAAAUAGGAUUGGUGAUCAAUCUUUGAAUGAUUGUUUGGUCACUUUCAUUGAGAAAGAUAUAUUUCUAUAUGUUUCUGAUGACGCUGUGCUCAACACGGUACAGGAUGGUCAAUGGCAGCGUUGCAGGGUAUCUGCCGCUGCUGGGGUGAGUGGUACCGGCUGGCCUUGCUUCCUUUUAGCCAGGCUCUUCUUCAUAGUUGGAAAGGGACAAGGAGGCUGA